CGCGCGCUCACUUGUGAGUUUCAUUGAGUUCAUCUGAAGCGCUGAAGUUGACUUUUCACAGAUUUUCCCACUUUCUUCCGUUAGUAAUAGUAAGUAAGUCAUCUCUUCUGUCAGGAGAUACCGGAGCCUCCUCGUGCGCCGGUGACAUAGAACACCGGUCCACGCGCUCGGACGGUUAAUAACGGACUGAGGUGAAGCAACAGGAGGAUUCACGGCGACCGAACGACUCCCACCGAGACCCAGGACUAUUAAACGGAUAUUCCUUAGACAAAUGUCGACUUUUUUAAUCAUGUCCGCCCGGUACUGACUGGAACCAGAACCAUAGUUUGACCCGGACUCUCUGCCGUCUGAACGUUCAUCCUCCAUCAUGUACCCCUCAGCUGUCGGUGUGUGCGUGCGCUGCAGUCUGUUUCUGGUCCUGGCUCAGGUCCUGGUCCAAUUCCUAGUGCUGGUUAGUCCUGCAGGAGGAUACAGUCUGGAUCAGGACCACAGUCUGGAGUUCAGUGGUCCCUCCUCCUCCAUGUUUGGUUACUCAGUCCUGCUGCAUCGCCACAAGUCUCACAAGUGGUUGGUGGUUGGAGCUCCAGUAGCGAAUUCAUCCUCUAAUCCUUCUGUUCGAUCUCCAGGAGCAGUUUUCCGCUGCAACAUUACUGCUGAGUCCCAUCACUGCCACCGCAUGCCUGCUGAUGUGGUGAGCUGUGGGAAGACGUGUGAAGCAGAAAGUGAUCACCAGUGGUUGGGAGUCAGUCUGUCCAGACAGCCUGGAGACAAUGGAGGACACAUCCUGGCGUGUGGUCACCGCUGGAAGAACGUCUUCUACUCGAAGAAAGACAGUCAGAACAACAAGCUGCCUAAUGGAGUCUGUUAUCGCUAUGGCAGCGACCUGAGGCAUGGCCAAUCCAUAAUCCCCUGCUACAGAGACCACCAGAGGAAGUUUGGUGAGGAUUAUGGGUCAUGUCAGGCUGGCAUUUCUAAUUUCCUGACAGAGGAUCUGAUCAUCAUGGGGGCUCCAGGGACUUCUUAUUGGACAGGCUCGGUUCUGGUCUUUAAUACAUCCAGUCGAGGGAUGUCGGUGUAUCUUGAUGAUGACACAGGAGCAGUCAGCUUCGGGAGCUACCUAGGGUACUCUGUUGGAGCUGGUAACUUCCUGAGCCCUGCUACAGUGGAGGUGGUGGGUGGAGCUCCACAAUACAACCAGAGAGGAAAGGUCUUCAUCUUCACAAUUGACAACACUUAUUUGCGAGUGGUCUCUGAAGUCUCUGGGAAAGAGCUGGGAUCCUAUUUUGGCUCCAGUGUUUGUGUGGUGGAUCUGAACGCAGAUGGUUUGUCAGAUUUGCUGGUUGGGGCUCCAUUGUCAACAGGUGCCGCCAGGGAGGAAGGAAGAGUACAUGUGUACAUUAACCAGGGCCAGGCAAAACUGUUGGAGGCGGAGUUUCAGCUGACUGGCAGCAACGCCUAUGCUGCACGGUUUGGAGAGACCAUCGCUGACCUGGGAGACCUGGAUGAUGAUGGUUACAAUGAUGUGGCAGUUGGUGCCCCACAAGAAGACGACCUAAAAGGAGCAGUGUACAUCUACAAUGGCAGGAAAGAGGGCAUCUCACCAACUCCAUCUCAGAGAAUUACUGGAUCGACAUUGGGUCGUGACCUCAGAAUGUUUGGCCAGUCGUUGAGCUCUGGCAUUGAUAUUGAUGAAAAUGGCUACCAGGAUGUGGCGGUUGGUGCAUUCCUUUCAGAUGCUGCUGUGGUUCUCAGGACCCGUCCAGUGAUCCAGGUGAAGGCGUCUCUGGCUCUGCCUCAGCAGAUUGACCAGCAGGCUAUGUUGUGCCCUGACCACAAGACUCCAACUGUCUGCUUCAACAUCACCGUCUGUUUCAGUGUCCGGUCCAGACAGUUCAGAGGAGCUAUAGAUCUUCAGUAUAAUCUGACUGCUGACCUGCUCCACAAACCAUCCUUCCCUCAUCGUUUCUAUUUCCAUGGAAACGGGUCAUCCAAUAGCACAAGGGGCUAUGUGAGGGCACGACAUGGCCAGCUCACCUGCACAACUCACGUGGCUUACCAAAGGAAAGACGUGAGGGACAUUUUUACUCCAGUCAAGUUUGAAGUAUUCUACAGUCUCAGAGAAGCAAACACCCACAGAACUGCUUCCAAAACCUUCCCACCAUUAAAACCUAUUCUGCAGCAGAGCACAGGACACCAGGACAGCAUCUCCAACCAGACUCACUUUGCUAGAGCCUGUUCUUUGGUGAACUGUUCGACCAACAUGCAGCUGUCGGCUCAACUAGUAAUGCCACAUCAACAGAAGUACUUUGCACUCGGCUCUGGACAGACCAUAAUGUUGAAAACCUCAAUGGUGAACUCUGGAGACGAUGCCUUUCUGCCACGACUGAUGCUGCAUUUCCCAGAUAACAUCCACUAUGUUAAAGUACUACAGAAUCAGGACAACAUGGUCAACUGUGAUGUCACACAGGAAAUCAACAGCACAAUGGUGGUUGUUGACUGCAGUGUCACCAGCCUUCUACUUCCAGCCAAAGCCCGGAUGAACAUCAACUUCUUAUUGGAUGUGCACCAGAACAGCACACCUGGUGAUAUCAACAUCCACAUUAACACCAGCAGUGAUAACUAUGAGAGGGAGGAGUAUCUCCAUGACAAUACCAUCAAUCUCCUUCUUCCUCUAAAAUAUGGGGUCAACAUCAAUUUCCAUGGCUUUGUGAGUCCCACCUCUUUUGUGUUUGGAGAUGAAGACUUGACUCCAGUUGACUGCUACACUGAAACAUUCAACUACACAUACAAGGUGUUAAACUCUGGUCUCAGCAGGUCACUGGAUACUGUCGUUGAGAUCACUCUACCAAAGAUCCUUUCACCGUACCGACACAGACUGCUGCAGGUGGUUGACUGGCAGUCCUCUCAUGGUGUUUGUUCGAUCAGUGACAAGACUGUUUCAGUCAUCGAGGACUGUGAAGUCCCUCAAGCCUCUUUCAUCAAGCAACUCAUCUUCUUCUUCUCCUCUACCUCCACACGCAGAAUGUUUUGUGGCCGUGGUGAUAACCUGUGUGAGCGGCUAGUGUGUCGUCUCGGUAAUCUGGAAGCAGGAAGAGAUGCCACCAUCCAACUGGAGGUCAAACUGAACCCUGCUGUACUACUGCAAGCUCCGGGUCGUCACACUAUCAUGAUGUUGGAGGGAACAGCGAGGCUGUCGUCUCCCAGAGAAGAUCCUCAUACAGUCCUCAUCCAGAAACAACCUACAGCACAGGUGGUGGUUGAAGCUCUUUUUACCCAGAAACCCUCAACGGCAGUGAAGGUUUUCAUCAUCGUCGUCAGUUUGGUUUUGGGUCUGAUGAUUUUGGCUGCUCUCAUCUGGUGUCUGUGGAAGGCUGGUUUCUUUAAGAGGGAGCUUAAGAAGAAGGAGGAGGAGUUACGGAGACACAGCUGGGACUAUGUUCCUAAAAGCAAUAACAGAGAGAGUUUUUCCUAACCACAAACUGUCACCUCUAUGCACGACUUCCUGUCUCUGACUAUAAGGUGGAGUUCACAUUGUGACUGUGCUGCAUUUUAAUGAGACAUUCUUGCUGACAGAUGAACAUCAACAAAGCCACAAAUUUCUGUUUGUGGUGGUUGCUGAGCAUGUCUCAAGUGAACAUCACCUGAAUUGGACCAUAACCUUUGAAAACCUUUUUGCCUGAUGUGCCUUCACAAAGUCAAAGACUGCAGCUACGGAUGAAUGGAGGAUUAAUAAAAAGGGAAGUCAAGUUGAAACAUUCAAACCUGGACCAACCAGAAGAUCUCAUGACGUCCCGGGAGCACGACAUUGUCGUGAAUGACUUGUGUUUUGACUCUUUUAAGAGGAAACAAACCAAAGGACGUGAUGUUCUCAGGGUAUGAAACAUGGCCUCUGACUGGCUCAUUGCUCCCCCUCCCUUGAUAAACACCAUUUUUGUAACCUGCUGUUUUGAUGCACUGUUGACAUGAAAAGAUGUCGUCCAGACAGAGGAUGUCAAAUGCUGGCAGCCAGGACAGUGUGUGAUGUAGAAAACAAUCAGCGCUGUGUUUUUCUUUUUCUUUUUUUACGUAUAUAUGUA